GGGGCUUUAUAAGGGGCAUCCCGCCUGGAGCUGGCACUUCUAGAUUCCUGAAGAUCACCAUGGCGUUAGGCCAGGCAGCUCUGAUGCUCUUCGCUUUCCUGCUCGAUUGUAGCGGAACCUUUGCCGCACCCCAAAACUCGGAGCCAGACGCCAAGUGCUCCCUAACCGGCAGCUGGAAGAACGAUCUCAACUCCACCAUGGAGAUCAAGAGCGCCAAUAACACGGGGGUAUUCAGGGGCGUCUACAGAACGGCAGUCUCGGACACCACCAGUAAAAUCCAGCCAUCCCCGCUUCUGGCCGUCCAGCACCUGGGGGACCAGCCCGUCUUUGGCUUCACCGUCAACUGGAAUUUCACUGAAUCCAUCACAGUCUUUGUGGGCCAAUGUCUGGUGGGCGAGGACGGAAAGGAGCAGCUGAAGACAACCUGGCUGCUGCGUGAUAAGGUGGAAUCUGCAGCAGAUGAUUGGGCAGCGACUCGCGUUGGGACUGACACCUUCUGGCGCACCAAGUGAGAGGGUGAAGAGAGCAAGGCUUCCCCGUUUCUGCCUUGGGGGGUCUUGGGGGGGUGACCCUUCCAACCUCACCCAUCAGAUGCUGUUCUCCAAUAAAAUGUUUGCCUGAGCAGC